AUGAGCGGGGAGUGCUGGUGCCAUGUGGGCGUUUCAGAUGUCAUCAUAGGGAUCUUGAUUACAAGGUUGGAUCGCUUCUCGGACAGUGAGGCUUGGACGGAGGUCCAAGGGGCGCUGAUUGAUUCCUGCUUGGCUGGGGCCCUUCUCUACAUCGUCCAGGCUCCGGAGGUGCAGUGGCGCUGCCUGAAUCUCAUCCACCUCUUUUUGGUGGAAGAGGCCGAGAGUGGGAGGUAUCAGGCCCGCAUCGAAGCUCGGCGUUGA